GCUUUUGGGAGACAUGACCCGUGUCCAACAAAUACUAAAGACGGACCCAUGUUCUCCACGGCCUCAGGGACUGACACCAGCUAGCGGUUGUAAUGGCGCAUCCGCACCCAGAAUAAUCAGUUUCAAGGACUUUGUGAAAAACUUUAGCAGUGGUAAACCGCUUGAUACAAUUCCAUUCGUUUCCCCGACCGCUGUUUCUGAACGAGCCUCCCCAACGUGUUCGGAGCAGCUGAAGAGGCCGGAGGAUAAAAAUAAAAUCUCAAGGCGAUCUACACUAGCGAAAACCGUGAGUCGAACCGAUGGAUUGCAGCAAAAACUACUCACCUUCAUAUCUGCCCCUCCUGAUACCUCGGAUCCCUUAGAAGUCACAGAGACCCGGCGCGAAUUUCAGCGGCCUACUGUAAAUGAAGAAUCUAUGGGACUCUCUGAAGUUCGUCGUCAUCCGUUUUUGGGCUUAAAGCGUUUUCUCUCCGUGACUCCCGUUCAAGUAAAUCGCCACUGGAAUCACCAUCGCAUCUCUGCCUCUAGAAUCGAAUGUCGGGAAAACGUGAUCACUCGCCUCAUUCAAGAGCACCCUACCUUCCCGGUCGCAUCAUCUGGUGCUUCUUUCAUAAGUUACGCGCAGUCCCAGCACUCAAAAGAAGACACCAAGCACUGGCUUUGGACAGACAAAUAUGCGCCGAAUUCAUGUUCCCAUUUUCUUUACAACGGGCACGGUGUGAAGACAUUUCAACGGUGGCUUCAGCGUUGGAAGCGACACGCCUCGAGGAGCACUGGGAAAUGGGAUCCGGAGGAAGACGUUUCGAAAUGGACCAAGGGCACUGGUCGGCACCAAAGCGAUUCUAGCGACGAUGAUUUCUUGCCUGAUCUACGGCCCGUAAAGCGUCGAAAGACAAUGCCGCCCUCCAAUGUAAACCAGUUUCUUGGAAGCACUGUGAUGAAUGACUCAUCCUUCAAUAAUGUCAUCCGUCCGGUGGAUUUCGUGGACUCGGACACCUCCUCUAAUUGCUCAGAAAGCUCCGCAUCUAUCAGCUACCUGCCCAGUGAUGAUGAGGACUCGUCCUCCCGUGAAUUUACCCGGGACCGAAAUGAUUGGCUCACCAAAGCCUAUCUUUUAGUAGGACCUCCGGGGACGGGCAAAACAUCCCUCGUUCACGCCGUGGCUAAUGAUCUUGGAUUCAAAGUGUUCGAACUCAAUCCAUCCAUUCGGCGUUCCGGCAAAGACAUACUUGGUCAAUUCCAAAUUGCUCUGGAUUCCCAUCACGUGUCCAAAGAGCACCUAUCUACGGAGUUUAGCACUUUUCAAAUGACUAAUACAAAGAAAAUAGACGGCUCCUCCGGUCGACGAAAAAAUUCUGUCGCCAACUUCUUCACUCCGCAAGCAUCAUUCAAAGGGGGUGUUAACAGCAGCAGCAGCAAGACACCCAACCAAAGAUCGCCUCAGAUCAUGUCUACUGCAUGUGCAUCGAAAGGCCUAAAUUUGAGCUGCAACUCACUUGUUUUAGUCGAUGAGGCCGACGUCCUAUUUGACAGCGAUCGGGGCUUUUGGUCCGCUUUGAGCAAUCUUCUUCAGUUGGCACGUCGGCCCAUCGUGCUGACAGCGUCUGACGCUUCAUUGGCCCAUAAUCUCCCCAUUCACGCCCAUGUGUGUCAUAUUAAAAGGCCACCUCCGGACCUAAUCAUUCCUUAUCUGCGGUUAAUCUGCGCGACCGAGGGAUUGCAUGUGGACGCCACUUCAAUUGAGUUACUCCAUCGACUGAACACGCGCUCCUGCGAAUUUAUCAAUUCAGCCACGGUGAACCCUGUUCCGUGUGGUGAUUUGCGAGGAUUAAUCAACCAACUACAGUGGUUGGUGUCUGUCGCUUCAUCGCAUUCGGAACCAUCUUCACUCCCGAUCGAUCUGGAUUCUCUGGAAACCUUCAGCUCAGAUCCACUAGAAUGGCUCCCAAAGGAACAUCCUUUUCUCAGUUCAGUACAUCUAUUCCCACGCACUGCCUCCCUUGACUUCACUCCUUUAUCAAGAGCAAAAUUUGAUGUUUCUGAAGCCGCCCAAUCGGAGGCCAAUGGUAACAGUUUUUGCGAGGUUUUCAACGACGAUGCUGACAUCAAAGACUCCGCAUCUGAAAUCCAACCACAGUCCAGUCACGAAACUAUUUAUACGGUCACUUCUGCACUACCGAACACCUCUGCCACGAGAAGCUUGAUGACUUCUACCCUACAGAUUCUUUCCAAGAAUCAGGAAGACCGCUGUUGGCUUGAUUCCUAUGAAUCACGCCUUCUGUGCUCUUACACGCGUCACACACUUGAUUAUUGCAAUGUCUCGGACACUGACGAACUGCAGUCUACUGUUACUACUCUAGCUACUUCCUGCUCGACUCUGGGCCGCAAUACCGUGCAAUCUGUCAGCCUCGGUGUAAAAUCCUCAAACACCACCAUGGUGAAUCCUGUGAUGGCUACCUCCCUCGCUCCAGUGUUCUCUUUCCAACAGUCAAGCGACGAUAUCCUACGAUAUUGCUGUGCAGAGUUGUCCGAUCUAAGUCAUUCGAAAUGUACUUCUUGUGAGAAAGAUUGGCAUGCCCUUUGUUCAUCUCUCGCAACCGAGACGGUAACCACCUUACCGACAACAUCAAUCCGACCUUCUUGCACGCCCUCGGUUGAUGCCACAGCUCUGCUUCUCAAUCGAAUGCAGCGUAACCUCAAUAACGCCGAAUUGAGCUGCCGCCACUUGGGUCACGCGGCCGUAUGCAAUAAACGGUCGAUGGCGAGCGACUAUUUGCCAUUUUUGCGAACAAUCGCCUCUGGUGAGACCACCCGUCAAUCCAUCUGUUCUAAGCGAAGGUACUUACAUUAUUUCGACCGUAUAGGUUUGGGCCUGCAUCGGUCGGUACGUUCGCUUCUAUGCACCCCGACAUUUGUGGACCGAAGGACAGCUUGACUAGUCUUCUUUUCUUUUACUGACUCUUGUUGCACCAUUUUUGUCAAUAUCUUCACGCCUUGUACCUAUUUGUGUGCAUUUAUCCUGGUGCCUAUCAGGGCUCCCAUUCCACAAUGCUUGUCAUCCUCUUGAGAUCCCCUCAGAACUGAAUCGUUACUUUUUUACCUAAUAUGCCAUCUGUUUUUUUAUGGCAUACAUCUGUUUACUGUGUGGUUCUGUGUGCUUCUUUUCAUUAUGACACUAGCUAACCCC